AUGGCUGACCAAUACGCGCACCUCCUUGCGCGUAAACAAUUUGACUGGUGGGAUGAUGUAGAAAACGAUAUCCCCUUGACGAAGACAUCGGUCCAUACACCUAUUGUCCCUAGUAAAGCCACAAACCCGGAUGAAUAUGCUUUCCUUCUUGUGAGGGAACAGUUUGAUUGGUGUGAAGAUGUGGAGAACGAUAUCGCGAUGAAAGAUAAAUCCAUCGCUAUGGAUACUAACGUCCCUAUUGUCGAUGCUCAAAACCUCGCUGCCAGUUCUGCUGGUUAUACAACGACUAUAGAACCGGAUGGCGAGUACCCUCAAUUUCCCGUUGAUUAUUACUUCCAGGAGAAUACCGAGGAUGAUGUCGCUGUCACCUUCUCUACUAAUGAAGAUACAUGUCUUGACCUCCCACACCACGAGUUCUUCGAUUCGGCCGAUACUAGAACUAAUGGCCCUGUAACAGCCGUUGAACUGGGGGAUUCACAUACCCACAUUCCGUACCCCAAUGAAUUCGACUUGGUCGACGAUGAUGUGAAUGAUAUCUACAUGGACGUUGAGGAUCUCAAGAUUGACUAUGAACGUCACAUCACAAGUGAUGACCCUGGCACAGCCAGUGAAUUGGAACAUGAAACCGCUCAGCCUAUUUACCCUGAGACACUUUAUUUCGCCGAAGACACUGAAAUGACCGAUUAUUUGAACCACAAGCCUGAUACGAGUAUCAAUAUGAAGUCUGCCCACGACAUCAGCGACCUCACACAGUCAGUCGAGGGAAGCCAAGACCGUCACAUCCAAGCUCCCGCUUUUCUCCCCGAGUCAGACCAAGACUCAGAGACAGAUAAUCCACCCUUUUCAGAAGAAUUUGUGAGCGAGUGUGAGUACAGAUUGAUCGGUGGCAUUCAUGAUGACAUUGUGAAUCAUUGGGAUUGGCUCGGAUACCCCGUCUACAAUCGAAGCAUGUCCCCACCUGUGCUUUCCGUGGCGUUCAUGCAGGCUAUCCCUAAAGUCCCAAAAGACAGGGAUCAGCUAGGAGUACGGUCAAUAAUGAGGAGGGCAUCUCAAUACAUCGACCCUGUGUUGGUAGAGCUGGAGGCCGGCGAAUUCGAGUGGAUACAGUGGCAAGGUGAAUUAGUUGCUACCAGCCAGGACCCUGCUGGCUUGCCCCGGAAGUUGACAUGUAAGCCGACCCCGUCGAAGUUGAAGAUUAAGACCAUGGAAUCCAAGGAUCUAUGCGCAGAAAACCGCCCCGACGCCAGGUACUCUUCUGUCCCCCUUGGAAUUGUGAGCAAGACCACCAUUACGGAUUGGCUUGCUUCGAAUCAAACUGCUCAUACAGCCAUUUCUCUCUCCGUUGGUAUCAUGGGCACCGUGAUCAAGAAGGCUUGGCCUGGACCCAAGGUUGUUCCUAUGACAACGUCCUCUUCUCGAGCUAGUAUAACUCACUAUCUAGUCAAAAGCGCGUGGGCUACUACCAGCACCCUUUACAGAUUCUUUGCUUUCUCCCUUGAGAAAAUGAAGGCAGUGACCAGGAAGGUAACUAUCCUAUGA